GAGAGAAAGACGGAGCGUCCACGAUCACCGGUAGAGAAGCUUGUGUUUGGUCUACAGGACAAGAAAAUGAGUGUCAGGGGUUCAACAAGCCACCAGAGGUCUAAUGAGAACAUGAAGGGUAUUUUAACACAAUCUCAAAAGACAAUGGGACCCCUGAGGCAGUCGCUUCAGCUCCUCCAGCCCUCGGCUGUAAAUGCUUCAAGAUCGGCUCAUGCAUCAAAGGUCAUUUCAAAGCGGAAACAUUUGGUGGCUGAGCCAAAAGGCCAAAAGAGGGUGAAAGUAGAAGUUAAAGCUACUCAAACUGAAGACAUCCUUUCUGUGGAUGGCAUCUCCAGAGAAGCAUAUGAAUUGAUGGUUCAAGAAACGCCUCCCCCCGCCUACUGGAAAGAGGUCGCGGAGGAGCGGCGGAAGGCCUUAUUCAAUGUUCUACAGGAGAAUGAGAAGUUGCACAAAGACAUCGAAGCCAAAGAUGAACAGAUCACGAAGCUUCGGGAGGAGAAUGAUGAGCUGCAGGAGCUGGCACAACAUGUGCAGUACAUGGCGGAUAUGAUUGAGAGGCUAACUGGAAAGUGCCCGGACAGUUUAGAAGAGCUCAGAGAGAUCGCCCUUGAUUCAGACGAGGCCGCCGACCACAAAGACGGAGAAACGACCUCGACCGGCGAAGAAGAAGAAUCUGAGUCGCCUCACGGUGAGGAAGAGGAGGAAACAUCGGACCACGAAUGAGUAGAAACUGAUCACAACUACUCAACGUUCAGUUUUUGGACUGCGGGACUCUGUAUUCAAUCUUCUGUACACUUGUUAUUUUGCAUUUGUACAUAAUGGAAGGAACAUUUAGUUCUAUUUUACACUGAUGUUGGGUUGCGUCAGUAACUGGAGCCUAAUGUGUUUUGAUUUCUUUUGAAAUUUUGCUGUUUCAAAGCAGAGCUGGACUCCAGUCUUACAGUGUGAGAUAAGUUAAAAUGAUGCGUACAGAAUCAACUUCUUUUCUCUUGCUGUCUCUACAUACUUUUCACUGUUCUGAAAUGCUUAUGCUCAAUGCAGGAUCUCAAAUUUUGUAGCACCUUUUGUACAGUUUCUAUAAAAUAAACU